UGCCAGUCAGCUGUCUGUCACUGUCAAGUCGGUGAAGUCGGCACAGCUUAAAACAACACAAAAAAAAUUAAUAAAAGUCUAAUUAUUUACAAACCUCAGCCGUUUAUUAUUAAAAAUAAGUCGUAUAAAAUUAUACAAGUUUUUUUUAUAGCAAGAUGUCGCAAGCCCGGUUUACAUCAUGCAUUCCUUUACCGUUGGAACAAAAAACGCUGGUAGGAGUUAUAGAGAAGGCCAAGGACUGGGCUCUGAUGCAUGGAGUAGGCAUGAGAGACAAGAAGAACUUCACCAAGGAUGCUAUCCAGAUUGCACCCUUUGUAUUGCUGCCAUCUCCAUUCCCUCGGACAGAGUUCAACAAGGCUGUAGAGCUGCAGCAGGUUUUGAACAAGCUCAUGCAUAAGGUUGCCCAUGACGACGACUUUCUGGAGCACACACUGCAAAACGCUCUGCAAGUAGACGAGUUCACGGCCAAACUUUUCGAGAUAUGGGUCAAGGUGCGGAAGGAGGGCAUCGCACAGCCGGUAUCGCUAGGCAUGCUGCGCUCCGACAUCAUGCUGGAAUCGCGCUGCCCGCACACGGAGAACCAGUGCGCAAAACACACGCCCUACUGCUCAUGGAAGCAGGUCGAGAUCAACAGCAUCGCGUCCGGGUUCGGCCAUCUUGGGCCCGUGUCCAGGGAGAUUCAGAGCUACAUAUUGCGGCAGUUGGGAUGCGGUCAUCUCAUAAAGAACAUGCCAGAAAACAAGGCCCUAUCCGGCCUCUGCUCCGGUAUCAUAGAGGCCUACGAUCUAUUCGGGGUGCCCGGUUCAGUGGCCUUGUUUGUGGUCGAAGAAGUAUCUUACAACAUCUGCGACCAACGCUUCCAUGAGUUCGAGAUAUCGGAGAGACGGCCCGACAUUAUAAUAUACAGAAAAACACUGAAUGAAAUAUUCGAAGAGACGGCACUCAACGACAAGAAACAAUUAAUGCUAGACGAUAAAGUGGUCGCCGUGGUGUACUACAGAUCUGGGUAUGAACCGGCACAGUAUCCAUCUCAAAAGGAAUGGGAUGCAAGGCUCAGAGUAGAAAGAUCCACAGCCAUCAAAUGUCCGUCCAUCCACUACCAGCUGGCUGGUACGAAGAAGGUCCAGCAGGCUUUAGCGGCCCCCGGCGCGCUCGAACAAUUCCUAGGUGCUGGCGCUAUAUCGGGCCGAGUGCGCGAUAUUUUCACCGGGCUGUACUCGUUGGACUUCGACGACAGCGGCGAGCGAGCGGUCGAGAUGGCUCUGGCAGACGCUGAACGGUUCGUGCUAAAACCGCAGCGAGAGGGCGGCGGCAACAACUUAUACGGAGCUGACAUCCGCGAAGCGUUGCUCAAAAUGAGACACAGUCGCGAACGAGCCGCGUACAUCCUUAUGGAAAGGAUAUCACCACCGCUGGUACCCGGUUACGUGGUCCGUCCGGGCGGGGCGGUGCCGCCGCCGGUGACGGACCUGGUGUCGGAGCUCGGCAUCUUCGGCGUCAUCAUCGGAUCAAAAGACAAAAUCUACAGCAACCGUCAAGUGGGCCACAUGCUGCGCACGAAGCUCGCGGACGCCAACGAGGGCGGCGUCGCCGCGGGGCUCGGCGCGCUCGACUCCCCGUACCUACUCGACCUGUAACCGCGCCAGCACAACAACGCCAACGAGGGCGGCGUCGCCGCGGGGCUCGGCGCGCUCGACUCCCCGUACCUACUCGACCUGUAACCGCGCCAGCACAACAACGCCAACGAGGGCGGCGUCGCCGCGGGGCUCGGCGCGCUCGA